AUGGUGAUGAAGGCCUUUGUCCUGCUGGUUGUCUUUGCAGAAGCCUCUGCGAGAUCUUGUACUCCGAAUAAAGCAGAUGUCAUUCUUGUGUUUUGUUAUCCCAAAACCAUCAUCACCAAAAUCCCCGAGUGUCCCUAUGGCUGGGAAGUGCAUCAGCUGGCCCUUGGGGGACUGUGUUACAAUGGGGUCCAUGAAGGAGGUUACUAUCAAUUUGUGAUCCCGGAUUUGUCACCUAAAAACAAGUCCUACUGUGGAACGCAGUCCGAGUACAAGCCCCCCAUCUACCACUUCUACAGCCAUAUCAUUUCCAAUGACAGCACAGUGAUCGUAAAGAACCAGCCCGUGAACUACUCCUUCUCCUGCACCUACCAUUCCACCUACUUGGUCAACCAGGCUGCCUUUGACCAAAGAGUGGCCACUGUUCACGUGAAGAACGGGAGCAUGGGCACAUUUGAAAGCCAAUUGUCUCUCAACUUCUACACUAAUGCCAAGUUCUCCACUAAGAAGGAAGCCCCUUUUGUCCUGGAGACAUAUGAAAUCGGUUCAGAUCUGUUUGCAGGAGUAGAAGCCAAAGGGCUGAGUGUUAGGUUUAAAGUGGUUUUGAACAGCUGUUGGGCCACACCAUCAGCUGAUUUCAUGUAUCCCUUGCAGUGGCAGCUAAUUAACAAGGGCUGCCCCACGGAUGAAACCGUCCUCGUAUAUGAGAAUGGGAAAGAUCACAGGGCCACCUUCCAAUUCAAUGCUUUCCGGUUCCAGAACAUCCCCAAACUCUCCAAGGUUUGGUUACACUGUGAGACAUUCAUCUGUGACAGUGAGAAGCUCUCCUGCCCAGUGACCUGCGACAAGAGGAAGCGCCUCCUCCGGGACCAGACAGGGGGCGUCCUGGUGGUGGAGCUCUCACUCCGUGGCAGGGGAUUCUCCAGUCUCUAUAGCUUCUCAGAUGUCCUCUAUCACCUCAUGGUGAUGCUGGGGAUUUGUGUCGUGUUGUAGGAGAUCGCCAGGCAGGCAUGGCAUCUCCUCCCACCCGACAUCACCUCCUGGGUCCGUGGCAAACUCCCAUUUAUUGUGCUGCCAGCGAGAACAAACAGAAGAGCAUAUUGUUGAGAAGCAGAAAGUAGUGCUUUGCCAGUUACGUCUCCAAUGAUUUUUGUGAAUCUCAGUGAUUGCCUUCGUGCCCCACGUCCUCCUGUGACUUCCUGCGGCUUCCAGUUCCUCUCCUGCAGCUGGCGCAGGAGUCUCCUUUGCCAUGCUCAAGUCAGGACUGCAGUGGACUCGUCUGAAAGCUAUUCUGAUUUUAAAAGACUAGCACACCCAACCCAGUGCUGCUGAGCAUUUUGAGGAGAAUGUAGGGCAUGACCACAAAGUCAGUGCUAAGUACAGAAUGCACAGGAAUAGCCAACUUUGCCAAGGGGGUCCUUUGGCAUUGAUUCUGUGCAAUGCUUAUUUAAGAACCAGGGCUGAGCCACCAGGCAGGGGUUCCAAUCUUUCAAAUGAUGAUGUGGGAAUCAGAGUGAAAUAGAAUAGUGUUGCUCAAACCUGAGUAUUAGAAAGGAAAACAGUUCUUGAGAGGCCUCCAGGGCUAACCUAAUUUGUUUUUAGUAUAGUGUUUCUUCUUAAAUCGGUAUAAACAUUAUAUAGGUAUUAACUCAUUUUUAUAGCCGAUAUAGAUUUCAAAAAUUAAAAGAAAAUUACAGAUUAAAUAGGACUAAAGCCACAAGAAGAAUAAAACUCACAUUAACAUAAAUUUAACGUCAUAUAUUGGCAUUGCCUAAAUGAAACCACUCUUGGCACAUGACUCUGGAGUGACAUCUGUGACAGGUCCUCUGAAGUCUGUCAACCCAAACCUACUCUACACCUUGUGAUGCUCAAUGCUUUCGCUAUUUUUUUUCUAUUUGAUCCAAGAAAUCUUCAUCUGUGCAGAAUGAUCUGACCUCAUUUAGUCUUUAACAGUCAAGCGUGUAUCUAUCUGUUUUUGUCUCCUUGACUUACCAUCAUUAGAACAGAACCUACCAAAAAAAUCAGAAAGAAGCACAACUGCAAAAAUGGCUAGUGGAAUCACACGGGGCCACACCCUGAUAACACCACCACCCAGUGAUCCAGAAUGCAUGGAUGUUAAUGACUUAAGGGUCAACAAAAUAAAAACUGAAUGAACCAAUCCUCGUAGACAACUGGGAGAGCCCCAAGAAUGCACUGUCAACCCCAGAAGCUAGAAUGGGAUAGGAAAAUCCAGAGCUCUAAGUUUUUUUCUUAGUCCUGUACGGACUUAAUUUGUGGGCUCAUACUUUGAAAACACAUCAGCAUGUAUCU